AUGCGCUUUGUAGACAGCUUGCACGUGUCGCCGGUCUGGGGAAGAGAUGCAGUGGCUUCUUCCGAGGGAGUCAGUCUUGAAUCCGGCGGACGGUCGGAUUCUGGAGUUCCCAUGUGUGGUGCGGAAGGUAGCUUCGAUUGGCAAGUCCUGAGUGCGGCAGAUGUAAUUAGCAUGGACGCAAUCUCCAAGGGCCUCAGCUUGCUCGAGGCAGAACGCGCAGGGUGCGCUGGAGGAAAAUUGCCAGCGUUUCCGUUUGAGGCGUCCGAUUUCGAGCACGGCAUGAACCACUCCCAUUUCGUCCAUGUUCAGCACAAGUUUGCUUCAACUUGCAAAGGACAGACGUUCAAACUUCACUACUUUCUGGGAGGUGGAGACUACAGGUUUGCUGUGGAGGUUCACCACAGCCUUGCGGCGAAGACAUGGCAAAUCUUGCGAUCGAGACCUCCGGCAUGCGACAUCGAGGAGGGAAUUCCAGCGGGGCCGGAGAUAUUGCCACCGAGUGGCAAGCUGGCACAAAGAAGUGGCCACUUUGUGCUUUCGGAGCUGGCCUACCGCAUGGAGACGCAAAAAUGCCUGGGUCGCCAAGAGGGGUUGAAGCUGAGCAGCGUGAAGCAAAUCAAGACGUCCAUUGAUGCCGGUCUGCUGACGGAGAUGAUCCUUGAAGUUGAGCAUGUCUUCCCCGACGGCAAAUCGGACGAGAAAGUUGUUCAAGCGAGCAUCUUGCAGGUUUGUGAUGCGGUGAGGGGAACCUGCCUCGACGAACUUGUGCUUCCAAAAGACAUCGGAAGUGUCUGCGACAUGCUCCAGAAGCCUUCGGAUUUGCCCGUGCGAAGGUUGUAUGCCAGGAUAGGCAAACUUGGCCAUGUCGAGCCGGAUUCUACUGAGUUGAUGGUAGCUCGCUCCGGGCAAAGCUCCCCAAGGCAACUCAAAAGUCAGCAGCCGCGGUCAGCAAUUGUGUUGCGCCACAUCAAGAGCGAUGCGGCCAUACCAGAGGAAUGGCAUCCAAAGGAUGAAUGCGCCCAUCUUCCCAUUCUUGAUCAAGGGAUGUGUGGCUCAUGCUAUGCACAUGCCUUCGCUGCAAUGAUCGGGGAGCGGAAAUGUCGCCUGGACAAGAAGUCCCGAAGGCUCUCAUCCGAGUCCUGCAAGGACUCGUCCAAUUGGACGGACUACCGCUCCUGGGGCUGCGAGGCCUAUGCGAAGCAUGAUCCAGGUUGCAAGUCCUUGCCUGAUUACGGACAGAAGACGCACUGCAAGAAGUCCUGCGACACGUGCCCAAGUAUGGAACGUUUCGAGCGUGACGAAAACCAGUGGGUUGAUGCUGAAUUCGAGUAUUUGCCGUCGGUUGCCGAACUAGCGCCUUGUUCUGAAAGCCAUGAUGGCGAGAUGAGCGGCUGCAGUGGCGGGAACGUUGCGACCAUAUGGAACUACUGGUUACGGCACAAGCCAUCCUUGAAGCUCUGGCGCAUGGGAGCAAAAUGUAAACCGUACAUCUUCAAGUGCUGGGAGAGCAAAGGCGGCGUUGUGAAUCCCAUGAAUAUGGGCCAUUGCGGCUGGUACGAUGACUAUCAGCUCUUCCAGAGGCCCUGCAGCUGCAUUCCGCAUUCCAAGCGGCCUACGGAGAUGAGAUGUCAGGAUUCUCAACCACCUUCAAAGUGCGCUGCUGCCACACCUUUUGCAGUCUUCUCCAUUAUGAACAAGGCCGACGGGCUCAGCACAGCGGACACCGUAAAGAAUAUGCAGAGGCAUAUUAUGGAGCAUGGCCCCAUCUAUGCGUCUUUCGCGACAACGAGUGCGUUCAUGGAUUGGGAUUGGGAUGAGAAGCCAGUCUACACCGGUGGCGGCUCCAAUGUGGGUGGCCAUGCUAUCGUUCUCACAGGCUGGGGGACGGAGCCCAGGCAGAAAGCAGACUUCUGGCGUUUCAAGAACUCUUGGGGGCCCGAGUAUGCAGACAGAGGGUACGGCAAGUUCCAGAGAGGCGUGAAUCUGGACCAGAUCGAAGAACGUGAGAUGGCAGCGGCUAUGCCGGAUGAAAACUUCGCUGACUUCUCUGCUCCAGAGUGUAAUUUGCACCAGUGGAGCACUGCUUACUGGAAAGCCGGCGAUCAGCUGACGCAAUACAAGAUCUACUAUCAUGUCAAGUGCAACAAGGACGCCAAAGUCAACGUGUUCGCCUCCCACCGUAUCCAGAAACGGUCCGACAUCUACAAGGGAGUGACAGGGAAUGAAGAAACCGUGGACGCGAAAAGCAACGUCAUGGCCAAAGUUCCCUUCGACCUCGUGCAUGGAAAAUUUGGCUUGGAGGCUGGAGAUCAAUGGAUCAAGAUCCGAGCCACCGAUGAUGCAGGCAACAAGCAUGACAACACACAUUUUGUUUCGAUCCCAACAGUGCCUGGUGUACAAAGUUACGGUUCGUGA